AUGGCUCCUCCUGCUUUGAUGGCCGUGGUCAUCCUGGCCCUUCAGUUUGUGGUGGUUCUAAGCUCUCCUGAACAUGAACUUCAUUUUGGACACCAUCAAAACUCUGAGCAUGACAUGAAUGUCCUGCUUGGAGCGAAGGACACAGAGGAGUUACAGAGCCUAAGUCCAGAAGAGCAGAGGAGGAAGAUGAUGGAAAUUGUUAAGAAGAUUGACAAAAAUGCUGACAAACUCCUAAGUGCAGAGGAGAUUGCACUAUGGAUUCAGCAUGUCUAUCGAAAAUAUGCCCUGGAGGACGCACAGGAGCGUUUUACCGAAUUUGACACUGACAAAGAUGGCGUUGUAUCAUGGGAGGAGUACAACAUGGUUGCCCAUGACCAGCUCUUUAGUUUCGAUGAAAGCACCAUUUUGGAUGAUCCGGAGCAAGAGUCUCUGCGACAUCUCCACCUGAAGGAGAAGAGGCGCUUCAAUUUCUCCGACCUGGACGAGACGCCUGGCCUCAAUGUAACCGAAUUCUUGGCCUUCACACACCCGUCUGAAGUGGAUCACAUGGCUGAUUUUGCCAUUGAGGAUGUGCUGAGUGACUACGACUUAGAUCAAGAUGGAAUGAUCAGUCUCAAGGAAUUUAUUGGUGACAUUCGACGUGAAGAGGACGCCCCAUCACAGUGGGAGGUUGAGGAGACUGUGCGUUUCAAAGACCUCUAUGAUCAAGACAAAGAUGGAAUGUUGAAUCGAGAUGAGCAACUCCGCUGGAUAGCACCCAACAGUUAUGGUGCAGCACGGGAAGAAGCUCUUCACCUCAUUAAGGAGAUGGACCAAGAUGGAGACAAGCAAAUCUCAGAAGCUGAAGUCUUGAAAAACCAAGAAAUGUUCAUGAACAGUGAAGUGACUGACUAUGGCAGACAUUUGCACUUGUCACACGAUGAAUUAUAA